ACCUCUUAUCAAUCUGGAUAUCCCAGACCGAGAGUUUCAGUGUUACUUCCGGGUUUAAUAACUCUAGUCAUGAAUCGAAUGCUCCCACUUUUCAGAACUUUACAGGUUUCCAGCAGAAAGAAUCAACAAUUCGUUGGUCUUUUAAGGCAGUUCAGUGGAUUCAAGGUAGAUAACAUCGAUCAUUUUGUGAUAACAGUCAAGGAUAUAGACAAAACAUGCGAGUUCUACUCCAAGGUUUUGGGAAUGGAGGUUACUACUUUCAAGGGAAACAGAAAAGCUUUAAGUUUCGGCUCUCAGAAGAUUAAUAUUCACGAGCAUAGGAAGGAAUUUGAACCCAAAGCUCAUCUUCCUACCCCAGGAUCAGCAGACGUUUGUUUUAUCACGCGGGAAAAUCUAGAUUCCGUCAUCAAACACUUGCAGGCUUGUAAAGUCGAGAUAACCGAAGGUCCAGUUGACAGAACAGGAGCACAGGGUCCCAUCCGGUCUGUGUACUUCCGGGACCCGGAUAAUAAUCUCAUAGAAGUCUCCAAUUACUGAGAUUUAUAUAUUAUCUAUGUAUGCAACACAGAAAAAUAAUGUAAAAUUUAUAAGGUCAUCUCAACUGCGAGCUAGUUAAAAAUGAACGUAGACUUGGAUCAACAUUUGAUUCUUGAACCAAUCAACAAUCUAAAAAUUCAGUGUUUGAAAUGACAUCUCGAGAAAGUACCUAUAUUUUUCCCACCACAAUGUACAUUACUUCAUGAUAAGAAAUUCAUUCCGUUUCCUUCGGAUUCCCAUUAUAUCUUUUCCACUAAGGGGGGGUUUAUUUCGAUGUAUUUCGACCACUUUCGACCAGAAUAGGUUGUUAUGAAUUUAUUGGAAAUAUUCUUCUUAAUCUAUACAUGUAUUUGUAGAUAUAUCCAUUAAACGUAACACCUUAAAACUUUCCAAUUUUUAACUUGAUAUACAAGUCCGGGCUUUUUAAUUUUAUUUCAAUAAAAAUGAAACU